ACACUGUUCAAGGUGAUCUUCUGGCUGGGCUACUUCAACUCCUGUCUCAACCCCAUCAUCUACCCCUGCUACAGCCGAGAGUUCAAACUGGCCUUCAUACGCAUCCUCAGGUUGGUCUAUUACUUACUACCUAUCAUAUUACAGUACUCCUUAAUUCCUCUGCAUCUUCCGAUUGGCCUUUUGUAUUACGAUUUACUCCGAGAGUGGCCAAGUAUUAUUCGUAGUAGCCUUUUGUGUGUCUAAAGUUCUGUACGUUGUGGUUGUUGAUCUGAGCCAUGUAUAAGCCAAAUCCAAAUCUCCAUGUUAAACCUUAAUGGACAAUAAAGUGUUUUAAUUUGGACUUAAUCCUUCCCCCACCUCCCCAUCUUCAGAUGCCAGUGCCACCGUAGGAGACGCCCAGGCUGGCGGGCCUACAACUACCGUACCUCCCACUUCAACUCCUCCAGCCACUCACGAAAGAACUCUGCUGAGUCUAGCCACUCACAGAAGAACUCUGCCUGUCUCAACGGGAGCCAGCACACCCUGUCCUCCUCAGCCAGCCCCAGCCCGAGCUACCUGCUGGCUUGCCCCGAGGGGGAGACCCUCUACACCUGCUGGGCCUCCGCCGCCUCCAGGUCCCCCUCCCUGCUGCCUGUGAGUCCUGCUGGCUGCCAGCUGGAGACACUGGGGGGGGGUGUGGGGAGUGGAGGGACCCAUGGCGUGAUGUCUCACAGGGAGUCCGGUCAGGGGGUGUUCUCGUUCCCCUGUGGGGGGCAGAACGGGGAGUGUGGAGGGGACAUACCUGAGGAUAAG